AUGCCUGCGGGUUUCCAGCUUUGUCCUCUGUUGCCCGCCAAAAGUGCCCGAUUGGAGACCCCGCAUUCCGCGUGGCCAGUGACGUGUUUUGCGACGCUUUCCAUCGCCAUCUCGACGUUGUCCACCGCAGCACCCACCCCAAAGUCAACCAUCAUGUGGCUCGCCGGUGCCGUCCUCACGGCUCUCGCGGGCACCAGUGCCGUCUCGGCAUCGCUCUCGCCCCCCUUCAGCGUCACCGUCGAGACUUCGUGGGCCGCGCCUCCCCUGCUCCUCGAGAUUCUCGAGGUGGCCCACGAUGAAGACCCAUCAGCAUACUUCCCUCUCCUCAAGCUGCUUACAAAGCACUCACUCACCCUCGGUCCUUCCCCCACUCCGCAAAAGGUCCUCGAGACAGCUCUUGAUGUGGUCCACUCGCACGACAUCCUCCCCAAGCCCGGCUCGAGGAGCACGUUCGAGCUCGCCCUCGCGCUGCACACCGCCGCUCCCCGCAUUGCCGCCGCUUAUGCAGACUAUACCGUCGACGAAGCCAAGCUCGAUGUCGCCGGUUGCGCGUCCUGGGUAGAGUGGCGCGGCAAGGGAUUCUGCGAUGCCGAGCAGCUUCAGCGUGAUGUCGAGAGGAGUAUUGACGAGCGUGGCCGUGCUCCUGACCCGCGCACUCCCUCUCGCCCGUUUGACCGCGUCUCUCACUCGCCUCUCGGGGACGGACCCCAAGCUGUCCUCUACUAUUCCCCGUCGCCCGAAGCGCUGCCUCUCCUCGAGUACCUCGACACCCACGCGCGCGCGUACCCUGCCUUCCAGUAUGUGGUGCGGUACCGCCCUUUCCCGGCCGACGAGUCGUCGGAUGCCCCUCGCGCUCCUCGCACCCCUUUGGCCGGUUACAGCGUCGAGAUGGCGCUCAAGAACACGGAUUACCUUGUCGUCGACGACCGCAUCACCGCGGGUGGAGACGGCGCGCAGACUGCAUUCAAGGACUCCAAGGACGCAUCCAGAUCCAACCCCUUUAGCGAGAUUCUCGGUGAAGACCCAUGGUCUGAGAGCGCCAUUCCUCUCGCCAAGGAGGAGAUCCUAGACCUGGGUCUGAAGGCUGUGGCUCUCAUCAAGGCUGCCGACAAGCCUCUGGACGCGUUCAUUGAGUUGUCCCAGGAUCUGCCAAAGUACUCUGCUGCUCUGGCCAGGCAUGUUGAGGUCCCCGAGGACAUUCGCAAGACUUCCCAGAGGCUGGCAGUUAGGCAUCCUCUGGGUCCUGCGGCCUUCCUCAACGGUCGAGUGCUCAAGGACACGGAAAUGAAUGCAUUUGGUCUCCUCAAGGCCGUCCGCCGCGAGCGCGAUAUCAUGACCUCUCUCCUCGCCAUUGGCUACACUCCCAAGCAGGCCUUCCAACUCGUCUCGGACGAGCUGAUCGGCCACGCUGAGACGGAACAUGACCCUCUGGAGGGACUUGUUGAUGUCUCUGACCGCAUUGAGGGCGGCGGUGUCAUCACCUAUGUCAACGACAUUGAAAAGGAUCGCCAGUACGCUCGUUGGUCGCCGUACAUGCAGGAAUACCUGCGCCAGAUCUACCCGGGCCAGCUGCACCUUGUGCGCAAGAAUACCUGGAACACGGUUUUGGUUGUCGACCUCGCUACCGCCCGCGGCAUUGAGGCAAUCGCUUCCACGGCUGGAUCUAUGCUGCAGCGUAAUGUGCCUAUCCGCUUUGGUGUGGUGCCGCUCUUUGGCCACGUCAAUGAAGAUUCGGGACAAAUUGCACGUCUCGUGCUCUACAUCUCUGGCAAGUGGGGCGCGAUGAAGACUCGCGAGUUCCUCAACAUUAUCCACGCCUCGGUCCCCAAGGGAUCGUCCCCCAUGAUCCGUGUUCACCCACAGGUUAUGCAGGGGGCCUACGAGCGUGUCGCCCGCGGUGAGGGUCUCACCUUUGAGGAGGUUAUGGAGAGCCCCGAGUUGGCCACCCAACUUGAGGUGACCUUGAAAUACCUUAACCGUAUCGGUGCGUCCAGGGAUGACUCGCCACUGGGUUCAGUCUACGUCAAUGGAAAGUACGCCGCCUUUAGUGGAACCUGGACACAGCACCUCACUGGCACGCUGUCCCAGCAUCUCAACCACAUUCAGGAGAUGGUAGCUAGCGGCGUCGAUUUUGAGGAAGGCGACGGCGAGGUGGCAACCUACUUCUACGAUCUCCCCACUACCGCCAAGCACCGUAACCGCCACAUUGUGCCAACUGAGGAAUCAACACUCCGUAUAUUCAACCUCAUGGAUAUCUUCCCCGACAACACCGAAUAUAUUGACACCGAGUUUAUGUACCCUGAUGCUGAGGACGCCGGUACGCCCCUCACGACUUGGAUCGUCGGCGACCUUGACAGCGACGAUGGCCGCUCUCUCGUCCUCGACGCCGUUAAACACAUCCAGGGUCCUGAAGCGUCUUCUCGUCUCGGCUUCAUCCACGUUCCCAGCCCCGAGAGCUCCAACGUCCAAGGAUACCGUCUCUCGACCCUUCUCUUCCAGUUUUAUGAGUCUGGCGCAUUUAGCCUGGUCAAGCCAGACCAGUUCCAGUCUAUCCUCGAGGAGAUUGAGACGAAGGGUAACGUCAUUGACGGUGGCGACAUUUCUGCCCAGUCCAACACCGACCCCCUCAACGUCCUCACCGCCGACGGGUGGAACGUCGCCGACGCCGCCCGUGCUGCCGAGUUCUGGAAGCUCGGCACCGCCGUUGCCGAUUCGCUUGGACUGCAGAGCACCAAGCCGCAUAUUCUGAUGAAUGGCCGCCUUGUUGGUCCCCUCACUGCUGACGAGUUCUCGGAGGUCGACUUUGACACUCUCGAGGUGUACGAGCUCCGCAAGCGCGUGCACCCCGUCAUCAACCUCGUCCAGACUUUCUGGGAGGAUCCCAAGGAGCUCAGCCGUGACACAGUCGCGGGCAUCGUCUCGCUCACGUCGUCUGUUAUUGCGUGGGCAUACCAGGCCACUGGUGCUGAGGGCAUCUUUAUCCAGGCCCCCGGUCCCCGUAGCCGCGGAUACGAGCAGAUUGACGAUGGCGAGGUGUCGUUCACUAUCGGCGACUCGUCGACGGCCCUCUUCCACGUCGCGGCCAUCAUUGACCCCCUGUCCGAGUUGGCUCAGCGCUGGACUCCUCUUCUCAAGCUCCUGGCCAACAUUGACCAUGUGGCCGUUACCGUCUACCUUGACCCCAACACAAAGGCCACCGACUUCAACGUCAAGCGCUUCUACCGCUCUGCCGUCCCGUCGACUCUGCACUUUGACGUGGACGGCUACGAGGUCGCGCCGGCCGUGACCUUUAGCGACCUUCCCUCGACGCCCAUCUUCACGCUUGCCCUUGACACCCCCGGCUCGUGGGUUGUCCGUCCCAAGGAUUCGCCCCUGGACCUGGACAACCUCCUCCUCGGUCGCCUGUACGAGCCCACUCAUGUCCAAUUCGACCUCUACCAGCUUGUCCUGGACGGCCACGGUCGUGAGGGGGGUAACGUGCCCCCACGCGGUCUCCAGCUGCAGCUCAAGGACGGCGACGACGUCGUCUCAGACACCCAGGUCAUGGCCAACCUCGGCUACUUCCAGUUCAAGGCCACUCCUGGAGUGUACAACCUCGCGAUCCGCCCUGGACGCGGUGAGGAGGUGUAUGACGUUGAGAGCGUUGGUGGCGACGGAUGGGACUCGCCUACUGUCAACAUCACCGGUCCCUCUGUUACCGUUGACGCGUUGGACGGCACGACAAUCUACCCCCGCUUUGCCCGUCAGCCAGGCAUGGAGAACGCCGACGUGCUCGCCGAGAGCGUAGUGCCCGAGUCGUUUUCCAGUUCGGUCCUUUCCCGCAUGAAGUCGAUGGUGGGCCUCAACGAGGUCAAGCCCAAGUCGCGCCAUGCCGAUAUCAACAUUUUCACCGUUGCCAGUGGUCUCCUUUAUGAGCGUUUCGCGUCAAUCAUGAUUCUCUCGGUCAUGAAGCACACGGACAGCACGGUCAAGUUUUGGUUUAUUGAAAACUUCCUCUCGCCCACGUUCAUCAAGUUCAUUCCCCACUUGGCCGAGGAGUAUGGCUUUGAGUAUGAGCUCGUGACAUACAAGUGGCCUUCGUGGCUGCGUGCGCAGACUGAGAAGCAGCGCAUCAUUUGGGCGUAUAAGAUUCUCUUCCUUGACGUCCUCUUCCCCAUGGACCUCGACAAGGUCAUCUUUGUGGAUGCCGACCAGAUCGUCCGCGUGGAUAUGAAGGAGCUCGUCGACGUCGACCUCCACGGCCACGUAUACGGCUAUCCGCCGAUGGGCAACGACCGCGUCGAGAUGGAGGGCUUCCGGUUCUGGAAGACUGGAUAUUGGAAGGAGGAACUGCGCGGCCUGCCGUACCACAUUUCGGCCCUGUACGUCGUGGACCUCAAGCGGUUCCGUCAGCUGGCGACUGGCGACCGUCUUCGCGGCCAGUACCAGGCCCUCAGCGCCGACCCGAAUAGUCUCGCCAACCUGGACCAGGACCUGCCCAAUUCCAUGCAGCGCCAGAUCCCAAUCUUUACCCUCGACCAGGACUGGCUGUGGUGCCAGACGUGGUGUUCGGACGAGAGCCUCGCGACAGCCAAGACGAUCGACCUUUGCCAAAACCCUCUCACCAAGGAACCCAAACUGGUGCGCGCGCGCCAGAUUCCCGAGUGGGACGUGUAUGAUCGCGAGAUUGCUGCCUUUGCAGCGACCCUCGGCAGCGGCGAGAGUGGUGCGCUGGCGGCCAACGUAGACGACCUCGCUGCUGGGCCCGGUUCGGCUGCGGCCAAGCACCAGGAGAAGGAGGCCGCUCUGGAACCAGAGCCUCACGCAGACGCAGACAUCGAGGGUGCGCCCCAUGAUGAACUGUAG